UAAGACUUCUCCAGUGGACUUUCACCUACAUUUCAUGGACCAGACUGCAUUACAUGUCACUGCCGCUGUAAGGAAACUGGGAAAUGGAGAACUGUGCCUUUACCUCUGCACUGGGAAAGGAACAAGAAUCAUGGUGUCAUGGAGAGGGAUAUACUUUAUACUCACUCUGUUUUGGGGAAGCUUUUUUGGAAGCAUUUUCAUGCUGGGUCCCUUUUUACCUUUGAUGUUUAUAAACCCAUCUUGGUAUCGCUGGAUCAACAACCGCCUUGUGGCAACCUGGCUCACGCUACCUGUGGCAUUGCUGGAGACCAUGUUUGGUGUAAAAGUGAUUAUAACAGGUGAUGCAUUUGUUCCUGGAGAAAGAAGUGUCAUUAUCAUGAAUCAUCGGACAAGAAUGGACUGGAUGUUCCUGUGGAAUUGUCUGAUGAGAUACAGCUACCUCAGAUUAGAGAAAAUUUGCCUCAAAGCUACUCUCAAACGUGUUCCAGGAUUUGGUUGGGCCAUGCAGGCUGCGGCCUAUAUCUUCAUUCAUAGGAAAUGGAAGGAUGAUAAGAGCCAUUUUGAAGACAUGAUUGAUUAUUUUUGUGAUAUCCAUGAACCACUUCAACUCCUCAUAUUCCCAGAAGGGACUGAUCUCACAGAAAAUAGCACGGCUCGAAGUAAUGAAUUUGCUGAAAAGAAUGGACUUCAGAAAUAUGAGUACGUCUUACAUCCAAGGACUACAGGCUUUACUUUUGUAGUAGACCGUCUAAGAGAAGAUUUGAAAUGGCCUUUAGCAGAAGAUAAAAUAAGAAAAACGUGGCUCACGGUGUCAAAGCCAGGUGCAGAUGCCACAGUCUCAAAGAAGGUUAAAGAAGAUCACUGCUUUCAUAGUGUAGAGAUUGAUGGCAUAUGGCUACACUCUGACAGUAUUCUAGAAGGUUCUCUGGAUUUCUCCUUGUAAUUGUCUGGUUAAUUAUUGUCUAAAAUUGGUCAUAGUUGAUGAUGCAGCCUAAGGAAAGAAAAAAUCUUUCAGUGAUGACAAUUAGUCUGACUUUUUUCUGCUUUAAGGUUCCUAGACCUCUGUAAUGAUUAGAAUCCAUAAGAACUGGGAAAGCUAUUCUAGAGCCUGAUAUUAAGGUCUUGUGUCUUCAUUGAGGUCCUUUGCUUCUGAAGCACAUCAUGAAGUAUCAGUGAUCUUUCUUUCGAACAACGUUUCUUGAUGCCCAUGGGAAAGGAAGAACCAAUCGCUGUCCUGAUAAGGAACCAACAUCACUGUAUUUUAAAAACUCUAGGCUUCCUUAAAUGACAUAAAUAAAGGUAAAGUGUUAGAUAUAAGAGUGACUUUGUAACAGCCAAGUUACAAUCUCUGUAAGAGAAAUAUGAGCUAAAUAAGAGAAAUUACCUCAGUCAUCUGUGGGGUGGCUACAUUCCUGUUGCCCUCUCAAGUGAAAGCAAUUCCUUGUCACCUCUUACUACCUUAUGAUGUUCUUAAUUCACCUCUGACUUAAUGCACCUUGGAGUUCAAAAAAAUUGUUUUUGAUUCUUUUUUGAGCCUUUUGUGUCUAAAUACAGCAACUUUUACUCCUCGCACAUAUCAGUCAAUCCAUCUCUCCAUUCUCUGCCUCAGCCUUCAUUUCAGUGUAGAGAGGAGACUUAGCACCUGGCUUAGCCUUCCACUCCAUCCCUGGUCCAGCCAUCCUCGUAGGUAAUUUCAUGUAUAUGAUGACACAUUGAGCUCAGUUUCUUGAUCUCCCCUUAUCCAUGCUGCUUCAUACUUUGAAUUUUGUCUUCUGGAUUUGCUCUACCUGUUAAAUAUUAAAUUUAAACAUCUCAUUCUCUGAUGACAGUCUCAUAUUACAACUGUUGGUAAGUUAUUCCCCCUGUAGCUGUUCUUUACUCUCGUGAAGAUGUCUCUUCCCUAAAUGCCUUUAUUAUUUUUCCCUAUUCAUAAUCAUUCACCUGCCUGCACUCUUUUCUCCAGUCCCAGUUAUACUCUGUGGCCCAUCCUUUAAACCAUAUUCUUGCCGGUAUCCUCAGCACCUGAGCCUAGUGCCCACUCCUGGUAGAGGUGCAGUCCUGGGUCUCGCCAGCUGACUGCCUUUGCUCUACCUGCACUGGCUUUGAGCUCCACUGGAGAAAAUCCCCCAAAGCAUUCAGAUUACUGCCAAAAUAAAUUCUUUGUUGCUGUAUUAGUUUUCUAGGGCUGCUGUAACAAAUUACCACAAACUGGGUUGGCUUAAAACAAUAGAAACUUAUUCUCUUACGGUCUGGAAGUUAGAAGCCUGAAAUCAAUGUGUCAGCAGGCACGCUCCCUCUGAAGUCUCUAGGGAAGAAUCCUUUCUUGACUCUUCUGGCUUCUAGUGGUUGCCAACAAUCCUUGGCAUUCCUUGGCUUGUGGCAACAUAACUCCAAUCUCUGCCUCUGUCUUCACGUGGCCUUCUUUCCUGGGUCUGUCUUCUUCUUACAAGGAUCCACUCAUUUUGGAUUUAGCUCCCGGCCUAAUUCAGUACAGCCUUAUCACAGUUUAACUAAUUACAUUUGCAAAGACCCUAUUUCCAAAUAAGAUUGCAUUCUGAGGUUCCAGUGGACAUGGAUUUGUGGGGUGGUGGGCGGCGGUGGAGAUGGACACUCUCCAACCCAGUAUAGUUGCGAUCUCCAAAGAACCCUCAGUGCUGGCUGUUUUUCUGUAUUUUCCUGGCCAGUUUUCCUGUUCUCUGCAGUAGCAAUUUUAAGCCUCCCCUGCCCAUCUUCAACACUCCAGCGCCCAUCCUCCUGCCCCCAUUUCUUUGGCAAAGAAAUCAGACACCAUCAAACCAGAACUCCCUUCUCUUUCUUCCCUCAGACCUACAGAUUAGCUGAAUCUAUACUCAUUGCUUCCUGUUGUAAUGAAAGAGCUCAUCCUCCUGUCUAAAAUUUCAUUUCAUUUUUUUCCAUCUCCACAAUGUAUCCCAUAGCCUUCUGCCCCCUCAGGAAACUUCAAUUUAAACUCUGUCCCCUUUCUUUACCAUAGCUUUAAACUUGAACUUACUAAUGGUUCCUGUCUUCAGCAUUUAAUGUCAUUCAGAUGUCUUCAGUCUUUAAAAAGAAAAAGGAAAAAACUGCACAAUUGCACAACACUUUUCAAUCCCUGCCCCUAGUCCAACUUUCCCUCUACCUCUUUCUUCCCUUCAGAUAUAAGCUUCUUAGAAGAGCUGGGGACACUGUCACUACGGCCUCACCCCUAAUGGCUUCAUGAGCUCUGUAGUCAGUCUCCCACCCCCGUGUCCCACUGAACUGGAACUGUUUCCCGUGUCGUAAAACCCAGAUCUUGUCCCUUUUUGCCCCAUCACCAACACUUGACCCUGAUGGACAUUUCCUUCUUCUAGAAACAUUCCCUGCCUUGAGGGUAGUUUAGGGAGAAUUGGGGGCCAGGAUAAACUAGAUAGAACUAGAAGACUUCUGAGAUCUCCCUCAAUUCUAGGAAGCUGAUGAUUUUCUGAGAUUUCAAGAAUCUUCAGUUCUUUUUGUUUAUAAAACUUCUUGGCAAUUUGUGGUUAUUUAAACAUGGUAGUGCUUUAAAAAAAAAAUAACGUUGACUACAGAAUGCAACAUCUUUCUCAUGCGGUUACUGUCAUUUCAAAGAGAUUAUUUUUAGUAACUGUAUUUGUUAUUAUAAAAUUUCUCAGAAAUAGAAAACCCAUUAGGGAAACUUUAAAUAGAAACUGGCUGUACUGAAUUUAAAAUUCUAAGAUUCAAAGAUACAGACUCUGAGGCAUUAUCUUUUGACGUUCUGAAGCCUGAAAUGUCCUCUUGUAAGAAUAUAAGGUGUUUAUAUGUAUAAAAACAGGCUUCUUAUCUAAUUUAAUUUUACAGAGAGUAGGAUGACAAAUAAUAUAAGAGAAAAUGGAAACUAAAUGGUAUGAGUUAAAACUUGAAGUUUAUAAUCUCCUCCCUUUCCUAACAAUAUCUAUAGUAUGAAGAACUCAGCUGUUUACAGCAAAGUUUUUUUUUUUGGAACAGUUCUCCCUUUAGACAAAUAGUUUGACUCUUGAUUUGAAUUAAAUCAAGUUGCUUCACUUGAUUUUAAUUCAAGAACAAUGUUUAAAAGAUAAUUCCAAACGUCCCCAAGUCUUCCUGGCCUAAAGAUGCAGAUGAGUUUGGGUUAAUAUCAAAAAGUCCCAUCUUGGAGCCCCUCCUGCAUGGCUGCUGAACCUCAUCGUCUCUGUCCAAGUGUCCACCAAGAAUUUCCAAGUCUUGCUGUCUCAUGGGCUCUGACCUUCUGGUAGAAGUUCUCCCUGCAGUCCAUGGGCAUGAGACACUGUGUUACUGCCUUGGGCAUGGCCGCAUGUCUCCCCAAGUUGCCAGCUCCCCAAGGGCCAGGCAGCCCUGUAUUCUCUCAUCCUGACAGAAGUCCCUCUAGGAAGGAGUUCCUUGAACUUUUAAUCAGAAUCUUCUCUUUCCCUGGGACUCAGUCCUUGGGGAAAAGCACCUUGCCCUCCUCUUCUGCCCUCCUUUUUACCAGUUUCUGCUCCUGUGUCUGGGCCCCAGACAUCCUCCUAAGAGGGUCUCUUUACUCUGCCCUACCAUUUAUGCACAUAGAGGUGGGGAGGGGGCAGGAAAGCGGAUGCAAAGUCAUAUGGAGUUGCUGGUACAGCUGUUGGGAGCCAGAGCUCCGGGAUUCUGAGGCUUCAGACUUUCCCCUUACCUUUCAGUCUCUGCCCCUUCCCCCUCAAUUUUGUCCAGCUGUAGCAAAUUAAUAAAACAUCCAAUGAAAGCCAAUCAAAACUUUAGAAGUCUUCAAAAGUUGUUAAAAUGUUUUCCUUUCCAGUCUGAAUUGCUACAAACUUGAUAGUUAAACAAGAUUUUGAUAAACAGUACAUUUUGUAAAUUCUGCAAAUUGGCUGUUUAGCAAAUUGGCCUGCUUUCCAGUUCAUCAGAUAUUAAAUCUCAGUUAGGUUCACUUGGAACUUCCUACUGCCAUAGCCCUUUCAUGACAGUGAACUUCAGAACACUUAAAAAAACAUUAUGUCUUCAAAUUCCACAUUUAGUUUUAUUGAGAACAAAAUGUUGUCAUCUCUCUGGGGUUUAUAGUUGGUGUAUGCAACACAGUACCAAGAGGUCUUCUAGGAUAUCACGUUCUUUGCAACAGAGCUGGAUGCUGACCUUGCUUUUAUUUAUUUUUAAUUGGAUGAAUUGUGGAAGGGGUGGUACUGGAAUCUGUAUUUAUCCUAAGCCUGGAGAAUCACUGUGAGGGGUGCCAUGUUGAGGAGAAAAAAGUAGAGAAAGGGGAUAGUGUAUUGCCAGCUACUAAAGAUUUAAAUUAAGACAUACAGCUGAAUAAGAUUAUAUUUUUCUCCUGUUCACCUAAUUCCCAAAUUAUAAAACUAUUGAAAUUGGAUGUCUGUUCUUUUAGCACUAGUAUUAUUAGAGUGAAUUAAGUUUAUGUAUUACACUGUAGAAAUGAAAGCAACAAAACAAACCACAGAUUUGUAUACCCGUAGAUAGAUAAACUGUAAAUAAAAGCUAUUUUAUUUUUGUUAUUCAAAGCAUAUCAGUGUAUCCUACUAUAAAGGGAUGAACUUCCACCCACUGGUUUUGUAGUUCCCUUUGGGUCUGCUAUUGAUUGUACAAGCUUUUUGUCUUUGACGAAUGUUUAGCAACAGGCAAGGAUGCUUUCUGGCUGUUUGUCCAGCAUUUGAGAAGGAUCCCUUGGAAUAA